ACACGUGUAGCUGCGGACACGUGACGCGUUCACCUGUGCCCAACCUGUUUAUCUCUGCUGCUGCUCUGAUGAUACACCGCUCAAGGAUACAUUAAAAUCCGCCUCGUUUACACUGAAACUUUGAUUGUUUUUAACUGGAUUCACAGAGUAAACGCUUCAGGCUAUACCGCUUUAUUAUACCGGUUUUUAUUUAUAUUUUAUCAGCUACAGGUUUUGUGAGUUUUUACUUGCCGACGGUGGACUUCGACCUCGGUCAGGCACCUGCUUCAAACAAGGAAGUCCAGUCCGGUUGAACCCGUCGUUGAUUCACAGUCGACGGGCUGUUUGUAAAUGGCAGUAAAUGAGGUCGGUUGUCUCUUCUGAAAGGUGGUUUUGUUCUCCAUGUUGAUCCUCUAACGUGGACAGUAACCUGCCAUCUCACCUGGAUAAAGCUGCUUCCUGGGACAAGAUGAACAUUACUUUUCAAGACAUGGACUCAUCAGCUGAAAAUACUUCCAUUGUUCACCUGGCUGCACCGAUUCUCCCAGACAAGUCACACAUCUCCAAUAUGACCAUUAUUCAAACCAGCAACGGGACAAUCAUAGAAGACCAGAUGUUUUUAAACACACUGGCUGCUCAGGCCCUCUCAGGGAUAUUUGUCUUUUCCGCCUUGCUCCUCACAUGCCACCAGAUCUAUACACACCUUCGAUCCUACACAGUCCCCAAUGAGCAGCGCUACAUCAUCCGCAUCCUGUUUAUCGUGCCAGUUUAUUCCUUUGAUUCUUGGCUCAGCCUGCUCUUUAUCAGCAACGACCAGUACUACGUCUACUUUGGUUCUGUUCGAGACUGCUACGAAGCAUUUGUCAUUUACAAUUUCCUGAGCCUGUCCUUUGAGUAUCUGGGAGGAGAGAGUGCAAUCAUGUCAGAGAUCCGAGGGAAGCCCGUACAGUCAAGUUGUCUGUAUGGUACCUGCUGCCUCGGUGGAACUAGCUACUCCAUCGGCUUCUUAAGAUUCUGCAAACAGGCGACUCUCCAGUUCUGCGUUGUCAAACCCAUCAUGGCCGUCAUCACCAUCAUCCUGCAGGCCUUUGGCAAAUAUCACGAUGGAGAUUUUAACAUAAAUGGAGGAUACCUAUACAUCACAAUCAUCUACAACUUCUCAGUCAGCCUGUCUCUCUACGCUCUCUUCCUCUUCUUCUUCGCAACAAGUGACCUGCUCAGGCCGUAUGAACCAGUGCUAAAAUUCCUCACCAUCAAAUCUGUCAUCUUCUUAUCCUUCUGGCAAGGAAUGGUCCUUGCCAUCCUGGAGCGCUGCGGCGUCAUACCCAACGCACUCUUCAUCGAAGGACAAGAGGUUGGCGCCGGCACCGUGUCAGCAGGCUGGCAGAACUUCAUCAUCUGCAUCGAAAUGUUCUUUGCUGCUAUUGCCCUCCGAUACGCCUUCACCUGCACCGUCUACCAGGAAAAAAAGAAUGAAGUGCCAGAUAACCUCCCUACAAUGCACAGCAUCUCCAGCGGUCUGAAGGAGACCAUGAAUCCGGGAGACAUGGUUCAGGAUGCCAUCCACAACUUCUCCCCAGCCUAUCAGCAGUACACCAUGCAGUCCACACAGGAGGUGGUCCAGCCCAGCGCAAAUGGGAAAGUGGCCACGGGCAACAAGAGCUCCCGCAAGUCUGACAAGAUCAUGCUGAUCACCUCUGAUGAUGAGUUAUAGGCGUUCUUCCAGCAAGAUGUUUGUGCCCUUGCCACCCCCGUCUCUGACCCCCCUGGGGAAAUGGCUGUGUCGCAUAUCGCACAGAGCUGGAUUGAAUCCAGGUGUUUAAUUUUCAUUAUCCCAGUAUUUAAGAUGGACUGCUCGCCUCUGUCCGGUUUUAAUGAAUAAUUUAAGCACCAAGAGGAGGAUGGAAUUAAUAGUAGUUUUUAAAAUUGAUAGCCAAUGACCAGAGAAGUGACCCGUCCUCAUCUCAGCAGUAAUAUUGCCGUGUCACCUUCACUGUAUCGGAGACAUCUGGAGCUGUGAAUUUUCUUCAAAUCAAGCUGCUGGAUGUUCAGCGGCGUCCCUGAUCCUGAUUCUGUUUCGUUCAUUGUGUCGGUGCUCGCUCUCUGGCCGUCUGAUGUGCGUUCCCUCUGAUUCAUGUCAGUUUCAAAGAGGAGAUGAUUAAUAUGUGACUCCAGGAGGAGAAGAAGGGAAGCCAGCGAUGGCAGGGAAUGACACUUUAUGGACCAUCUCUCGCAUCCGCUCGUUUGAAGUAUUUGCUGAGCAUUCCUCUGCAUGGUUUCCUGACAAAUGGAAAGAUUUGUUCAGAGACACUUUAGUUUUGGAGCAGGCACUUCAAACUGCAGACUAUAGCACUUCACAAUCCUUUGUAUCUACCAUAGCAUGGACAAAUUGGAUAAACCUGUCUCCUACGAAGUGGGAGUUGUAUUCUUCUCAUUAAUUUUCCCAGCAUGCUAAAGAGUUUAAUUCUGUGCAACUAGACAGCCUUCAACAGACGCUCGCAAUUAGUUGUUUUGCAGCUUCUGCAUUAUUGUAAAUGUGUUUAUGUUGGACGUGUUCACAUCACCAUUCACGUUAUAAUUCCAUGUUGCAGAGAUUAUGAAAUAUGUCCAGAAUUUGAUUGGUGUAAUUUAUGGUGUUUAAAUAUGUUCUAUUUGUUGUUUGGAUUUUGAAUUGGGAAUAUUUUAAUGUAUUUUAAUGUGUUUAGUUCAGGCGUAGUCGGACCAAACCAAAUUCUGUGUGGAGGGAAAAGAGAAACAUAAACAAAACUGUGUGCUUUGAGAGACUUUGUAGUUUCCUCUAGAGCUGCAACAAUUAAUCGAUUAGUUUUCAACUAUUAAAUUAAUCGGCAACUAUUUUGAUAAUCGAUUAAUUGGUUUGAG